AUGGCUCGAAAUGCUGAGAAAGCAAUGACAACUUUAGCUCGAUGGAGGGCAGCCCAAGUUAGUGGUACAGGAAAAGAAAGGGAGAGGAGACCAUAUCUUGCAUCCGAAUGUCAUGAUUUACCUAAAGCUGAGAAGUGGAGAAUGCAGAUUAUUCGAGAAAUAGCCAAGAAAGUGGCUCAGAUUCAGAAUGCUGGACUUGGUGAAUCUAUGAUCCGUGAUUUGAAUGAUCAGAUAAACAAACUUCUCCGUGAAAAGGGUCAUUGGGAGAGACAGAUACGAGAACUUGGAGGCCCCGAUUAUGCUAAAGUGGGACCUCGUAUGUUGGAUCACGAGGGCAAGGAAGUUCCUGGGAAUCGUGGUUACAAAUACUUUGGAGCAGCCAAAGAUUUUCCAGGUGUUAGAGAGCUCUUUGAGCAGGAACCACCACCACCUCCUAGAAAGACACGUGCCGAGCUCAUGAAAGAUAUUGAUGCUGAUUACCAUGGUUAUCGAGUGGACGAUGAUGGCAUUCUGACACCACUUGAGCAAAAUGAAGAGAGACAAGCAAUAUGGAAUGCAGUGGCUGAUUGGAAAUUAAAGAAGGAGAUGUCCAUUCAUGGAAAAGCUGAAUGCUCGGGUCAGCCACAGGAAGAGGAGGAGGAGAAUAUUUAUGCUGUGGCACCAGAACCAGAUUCUGAUGAAGAUGAAAAGCAGACAUCAGAAGAAUUACUGCAGCCGAAGUUCAUAGCACAUGUUCCAGUCCCAUCACAGCGGGAAGUAGAAGAGGCACUACUGAGGCGUAAGAAACGGGAACUUAUAGAGAAAUAUGCUAGCGACAGCUUAAUCAAUCAGUUAGAAGAAGUUAAAUACUUGCUAGGAGUUCAUACACGAAAACAGUUACUGAUAAACUGA